UUGACGCGAGAUGUGAGGAGAGCAGCUUCAGAUGGAGAGACUGUACCGGAGAGCAGUCUGAACGGAGACGGUAACGGUUAGCAGUACCGGAGAGCAGUCUGAACGGAGACGGUAACGGUUAGCAGUAACGGAGAAGUCUGAAGUCUGAAGCCUGAACGGAGCCGUUAACGGAGCCGUUAACACGCAGCAUCAUGUCUUCCGGUGGCCUGCUCUGCCUGCUGGCUCUCAACUUCUUCUACAGCUUCUUGUCGGCCGAACAGCGGAGGCUCUCUCCAGAUAACCUGUUGGUGAUCACCGCGGCAACGGAGGAGACUGACGGCUUCAACCGCUUCAUGAGGACGGCCAGAGAGUUCAACUACACUGUGAAGGUGCUGGGUCUGGGGGAGGAGUGGAAGGGGGGUGACGUGGCUCGGACGGUGGGUGGAGGUCAGAAGGUCAGAUGGUUGAAGAGGGAGCUGCUCAAACACUCUGACAACAAGGACAUGGUCGUCAUGUUCGUGGACAGUUAUGACGUGAUCUUUGCGUCCGGUCCGGAGGAGCUGCUGUCCAAGUUCUCCCGUCUGGGUCACAGAGUGGUUUUCUCAGCCGAGGGCUUCUGCUGGCCCGACCAGAGGCUGGCCUCCAGAUACCCUGAGGUGCAUUCUGGGAAACGCUACCUCAACUCAGGAGGGUUCAUCGGCUUCGCCUCAGACCUCAGUACCAUCGUCCAGCAGUGGAAGUACAAAGACAACGAUGAUGACCAGCUGUUCUACACCAAAAUCUACCUGGACAAGACUCAGAGGGCCAAGUUCAACAUGACUCUCGACCAUCGCUCCCGAAUCUUCCAAAAUCUGAACGGAGCUGUUGAUGAGGUGGUCUUGAAGUUUGAGAGGGCAAAGGUCAGAGCGAGGAACGUUGCCUACGACACACUUCCUGUCAUCAUCCAUGGCAACGGCCCCACCAAGCUGCAGCUGAACUACCUGGGGAACUACGUCCCCACGGCGUGGACCUUUGAGAACGGCUGUGGGAUCUGUGAUGACGACCUGCUGUUCUUCAACGAUGCUCCUGACGAGGAGCUGCCGCUGGUGUACAUCGCCGUGUUUAUCGAACACGCCACUCCCUUCAUGGAGGAGUUCUUGGACCGACUGACGACGCUCAGCUACCCGCCGGAGAGGAUCCGCCUCUUCAUCCACAAUAACGUGGUGUACCACGAGCGUCACAUCCAGAGGUUCUGGGACGGUCACAGAGCUCUGUUCCCCGACGCCCUGCUGGUGGGACCGGAGGAGAACCUGCAGGAGAACAAGGCCAGAGCCAUGGCUGUUGAGGCGUGUAAGAAGAAUCCAGAGUGUGAUUACUACUUCAGCAUCGACUCCGACGUGGCCUUGACGAAUCCCGACACACUGAGGAUACUAAUCGAGGAAAACAAGUCAGUUAUAGCUCCCAUGUUGUCCAAACAUGGGAAGCUGUGGAGUAACUUCUGGGGCGCUCUGAGUCCUGAAGGGUUCUACUCCAGAUCUGAAGACUACAUUGAGAUCGUCCAGGGAAAGAGGAUCGGCCUGUGGAACGUGCCCUACAUCAGUCAGGCCUACCUGAUCAAAGGCAGCAUGCUGCGGUCCAAACUGUCCCAGGUGAGCCUGUACGUGGAAGAGGGAAUGGACCCCGACAUGGUGUUCUGCCGGAGCAUCAGAGACCAGGGAAUCUUCAUGUUCGUGUCAAACCGCGACGAGUUUGGUCGUCUGGUGGCGUCGACCAACUUCAACACGUCCAGGCUACACCCGGACAUGUGGCAGAUCUUCGACAACCCUGUGGACUGGAAGGAGAAGUACAUCAGUGAGAACUACUCCAAGAUCUUUGAAGAUGAGAAGAGCUUCGUGGAGCAGCCCUGUCCAGAUGUUUACUGGUUUCCAGCUUUCUCAGAGAAGAUGUGUGAUCAUCUGGUGGAGACCAUGGAGCACAAUGGCGAAUGGUCUGGAGGAUCACACAAGGACGAGCGUUUGACGGGUGGUUAUGAAAAUGUCCCCACUGUGGAUAUCCACAUGAACCAGAUCGGAUUUGAGAAAGAGUGGCUGAAAUUCCUCAAAGAGUACAUCUCCCCCAUCACCGAGAAACUCUACCCCGGCUAUUACCCCAAGGCCCAGGCCAUUAUGAACUUUGUGGUGCGUUACCGUCCUGAUGAGCAGCCGUCUCUGCGGCCGCAUCACGACUCCUCCACCUUCACCAUCAACAUCGCCCUGAACAGCAAGGACGUCGACUACGAGGGUGGAGGCUGCAGGUUCCUGCGUUAUGACUGCCAGGUGGAGUCUCCCAGGAAGGGCUGGUCCUUCAUGCACCCCGGCCGCCUGACGCACUACCACGAGGGUCUGCCCACCACCAGAGGGACCAGAUACAUCAUGGUGUCCUUCGUAGACCCCUAGACACGCUAAGAGUGUGCAUGUGAGUGUGAACAUCAGUCGACCUCAUCAUCAUUAACGGAGACAAACAGGAUGUGAUGACCUUGAAUGCAUCGUCUCAGAACAUUUCCCAACCGGACUUUUGAUUUUUUUCUGUCUUAUUUCUGACUGAAUGAUCCUUUUACACCUGACGCAUCACGUGUAUCAUUUCAAUGUGGCUCCAUUGCAGGUGCUUUCACAGAGGACCCUGAACGCAUCGUCGUAGGACAUUUCAGAAUAAGAGUCACUUUAUUUAGACUAGUAACUCCAGACCAUAGACAUAUAUACGUAGCCACUAUAUAAGUAGAAGUGUCCGAUGCGGCGACUACGUAUAUACGUCUCUGUAUAUACUGUAUGUCUACGUAUAUACGUCUCAGUAUAUACUGUAUGUCUACGUAUAUACGUCUCUGUAUAUACUGUAUGUC